UAUUUACUACCUAUCUUAAAUAGUGGUCUUUACACAGAAUAACAACGUCUUUAUAAAUUAUAAUUUAUUAAUUAAACAUUUUAAACAUCAUAGAAGCUUGUAGUUUGCUUAAGGUUUUUACUUAGGUACUUAGUAUCCGUUGAUAAGAGUCAUUUAGCUUAAAGAUACACCAACUCAUUGUGAUGGCUAAUUAUAUAUCAAAUGCACUUGUACAAGGUAGUCUAGAAGCAUUAAUAAUGUUUGUUGAUGAUUUGGAAUUUGAGGUAACAGCAAUACCAAGUGCUUUGAUGUAUGGAUCUAUUGUUGGUGUAUGUUCUCUUCUUGGAGGACUAGUUGGUGGAAGGUUUGGAACUUUAGUUGGGGGAGGCAUAGGACACCAGAUUAACAAUUUGUUGCUACCGAGUAUUAGAAAUGUAGCAGACAUAUUACGAGAAUUAGGUACAGAUCAACUUCAAAAUUUGUUUAAUUUACUGAUUAGUGGAAUUCAAAAAACAAUUUCUACUGUAAUGGGUCAAACAGUAAAUCAAAACCUAUACCUGACAGACCUUUUAGAAAGAUUUGGAAGUAAUGUUGAAGUUCGGAUGAAUAUGAUACAAACACUCAUCAAUUUCCUCAGUAGUAUUCAUGGUAGUAAUUAUCGCCAAGUAGCUCUAUGGUAAUUAUAAUUUUCAUCAUUUUUUGGCUACUUUUUUACUUAUUUACAUUUUUAUAUUAAAACAUAAACAGUAAUCAAAAACAAAUUUGUAAGUAAUUUUACAACACUAAUGAAUAAUAGAAGAUUAAAAGUAUGUAUUUUUUUAAUAAUAAAUGUGAAUUGUUUUAUUAUAUGAACUAAUUCCAGUUUAUUGUUAACCAUUAUGAAAAAUGUAAUAUAAUGACCUGUUUUUCACAAUUUGGUAUAUUUGAUAAAUUUAUGUUUUCAUUUAGGUGUUUGUGACUAGUUAUGUAAUCUAAUCUAUCAAAUAAAUAACAAUACAAUA